AUGACCUCAGAUGUACACUGCCAAUGCUUCCGGCAGUUUCUCUACCAUGAGGCAGAUGGGCCCCGAGAGAUGCAGGGACCACCUUUGGAGAUGGAAGCUGCCAUCCCUGAAGCAGAAGGAGUUUCCUUGGAGCAAGGGCAGAGGGUGCAGGAGGUGGAGCGUGCCCGAGAUGCCCUCUCCUGUGGCAGCGAAGAGAUCCUGUUGAGCCGUUGUCUUUUCAGAGGUGGGGGAACAGCGGCUGCGCCUCCAGUCCAGGGUCCCUUUUCCUUUGAGGAGGUGUCCGUCUCUUUCGCUGAGGCCGAGUGGGCCCUGCUGGAUCCGGGAGAAAGAGCUCUGUACUGGGAAGUCAUGCUGGAGAACUAUAAGAAGGUGGUCUCUCUGGCAGAGAAUGAUGGGAGGAACGAGGAGGGGGAGGAACUUCAUCGGCAAAUGCCAGCGACAGUUACAAAGGAAGACUUGAAUGGAAAUGUCCGGAAUCGAGGCAGGCCCAAGAGAAAGAAAGGCAGUGAAAUGAGAAAUGAAUUCAGUCAGUGCAGCAUUCUUCAGCUCCACAAAAAAAUACAGACAGGAGAGAAACCUUUUGAAUGCUCAGAUUGUGGAAAGAGAUUCAGUGAGAGGGGGAAUCUUCAAGAGCAUCAGAGAACACACACAGGGGAGAAACCUUUUGAAUGCUCAGAGUGUGGAAAGAGAUUCAGUAGGAGAAGCCAUCUUCACCAUCAUCAGAGAACCCACACAGGGGAGAAACCUUUUGAAUGCUCAGAGUGUGGAAAGAGAUUCAGUGAGAGGCGGAAUCUUCAGUAUCAUAAAAGAACCCACACAGGGGAGAAACCUUUUGAAUGCUCAGAGUGUGGAAAGAGAUUCAGUCGCACUAGCACUCUUCAGUGUCAUCAGAGAAACCACACAGGGGAGAAACCUUUUGAAUGCUCAGAGUGUGGAAAGAGAUUCAGUCAGCGUGGCCAUCUUCAGCAUCAUGAAAGAGCCCACACAGGGGAGAAACCUUUUGAAUGCUCAGUGUGUGGAAAGAGAUUCUGUACGAGUGGCCAUCUUCAGUAUCAUCAGAGAACCCAUACAGGGGAGAAACCUUUUGAAUGCUCAGUGUGUGGAAAGAGAUUCACUAUGCGUGGCAGUCUUCAAUAUCACCAGAGAACCCACACAGGGGAGAAACCGUUUGAAUGCUCAGAGUGUGGGAAAAGAUUCACUACAAGUGGCCAUCUUCAAUGUCAUCAGAGAACCCACACAGGGGAAAAACCUUUUGAAUGCUCAGAGUGUGGAAAGAGAUUCAGUGAGAGGGGGGAUCUUCUGCGUCAUCAGAGAACCCACACAGGGGAGAAACCUUUUGAAUGCUCAGUGUGUGGAAAGAGAUUCAGUGAGAGGGGGAAUAUUCUACGUCAUCAGAGAACCCACACUGGGGAGAAACCUUUUGAAUGCUUGGAGUGUGGAAAGAGAUUCAGUCAGAGGGGAAAUCUUCAAUGUCAUCAGAGAACCCACACAGGGGAGAAACCUUUUGAAUGCUUAGAGUGUGGAAAGAUAUUCAGUGAGAGGGGGGAUCUUCUACGUCAUCAGAGAACCCACACAGGGGAGAAACCUUUUGAAUGCUUAGAGUGUGGAAAGAUAUUCAGUGAGAGGGGGGAUCUUCUGCGUCAUCAGAGAACCCACACAGGGGAGAAACCUUUUGAAUGCUUAGAGUGUGGAAAGAGAUUCAGUGAGAGGGGGAAUAUUCUACGUCAUCAGAGAACCCAUACUGGGGAGAAACCUUUUGAAUGUUUGGAGUGUGGAAAGAGAUUCAGUCAGAGGGGAAAUCUUCAAUGUCAUCAGAGAACCCAUACAGGGGAGAAACCUUUUGAAUGCUCAGAGUGUGGAAUGAGAUUCAGUACGAGUGGAUAUCUUCAGUACCAUCAGAGAACCCACACUGGGGAGAAACCUUUUGAAUGCUCAGUAUGUGGAAAGAGAUUCAGUAUGAAUGGCAGUCUUCAAUCUCACCAGAGAACCCACACAGGGGAGAAACCUUUCGAAUGCUCAGAGUGUGGAAAAUGUUUCAGUCGGAGUGGCCAUCUUCUGCGUCAUCAGAGAACCCACACAGGGGAGAAAGCUUUUGAAUGCUCAGAGUGUGGAAAGAAAUUUAGUGAGAGGGAGAAUCUUCAAGAGCAUCAGAAAACCCAUGCUGGGGAG